CAGCUGUUUGAAUCAGUUUGUGUCUGCUAUAACAGGUAACUGGCUAUUGGACAUACAUUAAAAGAACUACUGACCAGCUAGUUUUGAAGUAAGGAUAAUUUUGAGGCAGGUCAGAGCUUCUCAUUAGUUCCAUGGCGGCCAGAACAAGUUCUUCACCUCUCCCCAAAUCAGGAGCUGCUUUGAAAGGUUAUAAUUUUGCUUCAACUUGGGAGCAGAAUGCUCCGUUGACAGAGCCGCAACAAGCAGCAAUUGUAGCACUAUCUCAUGCAGUUUCAGAGCGACCCUUUCCCAUCAACAUGUCUCAAGAGCAUAUCUCAGUGCAGGACAAUGGUUUGUCUGUUUCUCCAAAGGAUAAUUCUUUUGGAGACUCAGGGGUUGUAGAAACAGUUCUGGUCAACACGCAUCAGUUCUAUACAUGGUUUACAAAUCUUGAAUCAGCCAUGAAGUCAGAGACAGAGGAGAAGUAUCGCCACUAUGUAAAUACGUUAAUGGAACAAAUGCAGAUAUGUGAUGAUAUUCUUCGUCAGGUGGAUGAUACCCUUGAUUUAUUCAAUGAACUACAACUGCAGCAUCAGUCAGUUGCAACAAAGACUAAAACUUUGCAUGAUGCAUGCGACCGCCUGUUGAUGGAGAAACAAAGAUUGAUAGAAUUUGCAGAAGCACUUCGCAGCAAGCUUAACUAUUUUGAUGAGUUGGAAAAUGUGGCUACAAAUUUUUAUUCUCCAAAUAUGAAUGUUGGAAAUGGGAAGUUUCUUCCGUUGCUGAAACGGCUUGAUGAGUGUAUCUCAUAUGUUGAAAGCAAUCCACAAUAUGCGGAAUCUGGUGUUUACUUGGUCAAAUUUAGACAGCUCCAGUCUCGAGCACUUGGUAUUAUCCGUUCUCAUGUUCUCUCCAUUCUCAAAACUGCUUCAUCUCAGGUUCAGGCAUUGAUUCGGGGUAACAGUGGCAGCAAAACAGCUGUUUCUGAGGGUGUGGAGGCAUCUGUUAUUUAUGUUCGCUUCAAGGCAGCAGCCGGGGAGCUCAAGCCAUUGUUAGAGGAAAUCGAAAGCAGAUCUUCAAGGAAAGAAUAUGCUCAACUUCUUUCAGAAUGCCACCGGUUGUACUGUGAACAGAGACUUUCAUUGGUUAAAGGCAUUGUGCACCAACGGAUCUCUGAAUUUGCCAAGAAAGAGGCUUUGCCAUCAUUGACCAGAUCUGGAUGUGCAUACCUUAUGCAGGUCUGCCAACUUGAGCACCAGCUUUUUGAUCAUUUUUUCCCAUCAUCUUCUGAGGAUGUGUCAAGUUUGGCUCCUUUGAUAGAUCCGCUGUGCACGUAUUUGUACGAUACACUCCGCCCAAGAUUAAUCCAUGAAGCAAAUCUUGAUUUUCUUUGUGAGCUUGUUGAUAUCCUUAAAGUUGAAGUCCUGGAAGAACAACUUAGUCGACGGAGUGAGUCACUAGCAGGGUUACGUCCUACAUUUCGUAGAAUCCUAGCUGAUGUUCAUGAGAGAUUGACUUUCCGGGCUCGAACACAUAUCCGUGAUGAGAUAGCAAAUUACAUUCCUUUUGAUGACGAUUUGGAUUACCCGGCAAAGCUGGAGCAAUCUGCUGGGACAAAAUCAGGAGCUACUUCGGCUGAUGAAAAUCCAGAUGUUUUCAAAACAUGGUACCCACCAUUGGAGAGAACUGUAUCUUGUCUUUCAAAGUUGUAUCGUUGCUUAGAACAGGCUGUAUUUACUGGUUUAGCACAGGAAGCAAUUGAAGUUUGCUCAUUAUCCAUCCAGAAAUCAAGCAAACUAAUUGCCAAGAAGUCCUCACCUAUGGAUGGGCAACUUUUCCUUAUCAAAUAUCUCCUUAUCUUGAGGGAGCAGAUUGCACCUUUCGACAUUGAAUUUUCAGUCACGCACAAGGAACUUGAUUUCUCUCAUUUGCUGGAUCAUCUGAGACGGAUUCUCAGAGGGCAGGCCUCACUUUUUGAGUGGUCAAGAUCAACCUCACUGGCAAGGACUUUAUCUCCCCGAGUUUUGGAAAGUCAAAUAGAUGCAAAGAAGGAUCUGGAGAAGAGCUUAAAAGCCACUUGCGAAGAGUUCAUCAUGUCAGUCACUAAGCUUGUUGUGGAUCCUAUGCUUUCAUUUGUAACCAAGGUGACAGCUGUGAAAGUUGCACUAUCCUCUGGUGGACAAGAUCAGAAAUCAGACUCUGUUCUUGCAAAACCCCUAAAGAAUCAAGCUUUUGCUACUCCAGACAAGGUGGCUGAGCUUGUCCAGAAGGUUGAUGCUUCCAUUCAGCAGGAAUUGCCCAGGGUGAUGGGAAAGAUGAAGCUUUAUCUGCAAAAUCCAUCAACACGUACAAUUCUGUACAAACCUAUCAAGACAAACAUUGUGGAGGCUCACUUACAGUUACAAUCCCUGCUAAAGUCUGAGUACUCCCCUGAAGAUAUACAAAGUAUUGGUAUGGCAACCAUGCAGGAUUUGCAGACUCGACUCGAUGGCUUCCUGUAGAGAUUGGUGAAUUCCAUUUUUUUUUGUUUUUUCUGAGCUUUGACUGAUUUCUUUUGUAAUAUCUUCUGGGCUUUGAAUGCCUUGUGUAGGUUCUUCUCAUUAUAGACUUGAAUCUGUUAAUCCCGUGCUAAGAAAUUUUGAAAUUGAGAAAAUUUGAGGAAGUUCUGUUUGGACUUUGAGACA